CAGACAUGGUUGUUCGGCUGCCGGUAGUCAGGUAGUGCGUUAUGUUGAACAGAAACUAUGCUAUUACUGCUGAAUUAAUUCGUCGAGUGCCGUUCGCCUACUUUUAACUUUUAUACUAGUUGGCAUACAAAGUGUGCCACAAUCGAAUUUGCCGUCAGAAGUUUACGCGCCGACCAAAUGUCCGGUCGACUGUACAAUAACUUGGUGGCAUUGCUUCCGCAGUUUCGGGUAGAUCCGAAUCGGCCUGGUAAAUGCUUCGGAGAGUUUAUACGAAACAACCUGAACAAAGGAUUUCCUGAAGGAGAACGCUCUGUGAAAGUCGAUGUGAAACUCUGGCAAGAAAACUACGAAGCUUUGAGGGUGCUGGCUGCCAGUACUGACCAGAAAAGGUUUCCGCGCCGCUACACGUCGACCGCGACGGGUAUUACGUCCGAGCAAUGCUCUCAAGCUAUAGACGAGUAUCUUCACAACACGAAAGCCUCGGAAGGCGAUCGUGAGACUUCGAUCACAAGCGCACUCAAAAAGUGGCUAAAUAUCUAAAUGUUAAGUAAAUCUAUCAUAU